AUGCACGCAAGAGACGAAGACCAUGUUCGAAAAUCUGAAGGUGUUGAUCGACUUGCUGCAGAAAAUGAUAGGCGAAGCCGAAAUGUCCGAAACCCUCCGGGAGAUGUGCGAUUCGUUAUUCCUCGGAGGUUGCUUUAUGAAUACGGACCAGUCGAGAAGAUAUUUUACGUUCAAAAACGCAAGGGGGAUGUGGAGGAGGAGGAUGAGGAAGGGGAAGGGGAAAACUACGAAGACGAUGAUGACAGAACGGUUGUGGACGAGACGGAGGAUGUACAUGUGACGACAGCAAUCGAUAGCUUUCUAAAUACGCCAGAGUUCCAAGCGCCAGAAGAACCGGAAAGUCCAGCAUACGACUUGUUCGAUGACAGCGAAGAAUCUCGGUGGGUGUUUAAUGUACCAACUCCCGGAGGAGGAGGAGGAGGAGGAGGACAACAACAACAACAACCGGAGGAGAACCCGGAAGAGCGCGAAAUUGAAACCGAGUCUCUGGUGAAACAAGUGGAGAGCAUGCAAAGGGAAAAGGUUAAGGCCGAAGAGCGGGAACGGAAAGCAAUCAAGACUUUGGAAAAAGAAAGGGAAGAGAUGGCCGAAAUGAAACGGAAUUUGGAAACAAGAAAUUCAAAAUCGGCUCGGGAAAACGAACGAAAGGAUCUGAUCUUCGCCGAUGCCAAAAAUAAUCUGAAACGGACGCAGGAGGAAUUGGCAGAGGCAAAGUCCGCCGCCGAGCGAGCCAAGACGGAAUUUCACGAGUCACGAAUGUCGGAAUUAGAAGACAGAAUGAAGGAACACUCUUAUACACAUCUAAAUGUGUAUAAGAGCCAGGUGCCUAAGAUGCAAGGCACGAAGUGUAUAAGAGACAGGAAUUUACAGAGCUCGGAAUCGGAAUUACGCCAACAGCGUAACGAAAUCGAAAGAACGCGAAAGAAAACGGCCGAUUACAAACGGGAAGUCGAUCAGCUGCAGAACACCAUAUCCGAUUUGCGAAAAGAGCGCAAAAUAUCGGAAUCCGAAAUCGACCGUUUGCGCCAACAGUUGACUUCAACGAAGGAGUUGCACUAG